AUGGCUGGCUGCACGCAGUCAAGCAUUGCACCAAGUACUACAACUUUGCCCCAACCAAAGCCUGCGACUUUGCAGUGCAUAGAACUCAAAACGGACCAUCCUGCUAUAUGUGUCGAGUUCAAAACAGCUGUCACCAGAGAAUUCCACCUAGUUUACUCUCUCCAGACCUCUAGAGAUCAAUUAGCACAAUUACAACAAACUGUAACUGUCACUGAGUACAUUGAUACUUUUCAGGAUAUUCAAUUAGAGCUACCUGAAAUGAACAAUGAAGAAGUACCCAAUAAAUUUGUCCAUGGUCUACACCCAUCCAUCUGUGAAAAUGUUCUUGCUGCCCACCUCGUCGACGUGAAUGAUGCUUGUAACAUUGCCUUGGCAUAUGCAAGUGGUCUCCAACUUGAAAAAUUCUCUUCACAGGCUAGUAUUAGCAAUGAGCCUAUUAAACCUAAAAAUAGUAAAGACAUUCUUGAUCAGUAUACCAAUGUUAUCAAUGAAGAGCAUAAAGCUAUUUCUGAAGAAAAAUGCGACCCUUGUCUGACCGCUGAUCAAAAUUUCUUGGAAGAUCUCCAUGCGGCUGUGGACACGGAUUUGCCUUUGUAUGCUGCUAUACUCAAUGGACAACAAAUAUUAGUACUUAUUGACAGUGGCGCCAGUACAAACUAUGUAUCACCACAAAUCGCCCAGCUGGCCACACACACUUUGGAUAUUCCUGGACGAUCAGUUGAAACUGCUGGAGAACAUAACAUCAAGAUUAACCAAAAGGCUACACUCAACAUCGCUUUGAAUGGAUACAGUAAUACAGUUGAGACCUUUGUGUUCCCUACUAAAUUUGACUUGAUUCUUUGCUGUACCUGGUUACAAGCUGCCAAACUUGUUCCUGAUUGA